GUGCGUGUAGGAGUGGGUGACCACUUACUUAUGCCUUGUUCGUAAACGUUUUUCCAAAAAGCUAUGAAACACCGAAACUACCCCUGGUUGGGCCGAAGAAUCCAUGCCCCUACCACCCACCACCCAAUCACAAGCGCGUAACCAACCAAUCCUCGUGAACCCACCCACUCUUCUCUCUCUCCCAACCGCAUCUGGUUCUCUUUGGUCUUAACCUGAUCGCAAGAGCUGAAGCCAGAUCUGUUUUUCCUUUCCCUUCUCCGAAACAUGACAUCUGAUCAACGCGACGCCGUUUUCUCCAUCGAAUCGCCGGAUCUAGAGGAAGGAGGCGCAGGAGACGGAGGAGGAGGAGACUCCGACACCGACGAGGAUCUCCACGACGCCGCGAUCCCCGAGACCAACGAAGAUCCCGAAGACGACGAUCCCGACGAGGAAGAUCCAACCACCGCCGCCGUCGUCGCCUCCUCCUCCACAGACGCCGUAACCGUCGCGCUUCCCGCCGGAUCCGCCGUCCCCGUCUCCGUGAUCCCCGUCGACUCCGAUCCGAAAUGGCACCGCACGACGGAGAUCGUCCACCACCACCACCACAACAGCCAGAGGAUGCUUCCGCCGCCGAUCGACGACUCCAGACGCCUCUUCCAGAGGCUCUGGACCGACGAGGACGAGAUCGAGCUCCUCCGCGGGUUCCUCGACUACGUGACGUCACACAGGGGGAGCAACAGCUCCCACCCGCCCGACACGGCCCCGUUCUACGAGCUGAUCAAGUCCAAGCUCCAGCUGGAGUUCAACAAGAACCAGCUCGUGGAGAAGCUGAGGCGGCUCAAGAAGAAGUACCGUAACGUGAUGAGCAAGAUUAGCUCCGGGAAAGAGGUCUUCUUCAAGAGCCCUCACGAUCAGUCCACUUUCGAGAUCUCUAGGAAGAUUUGGAACCAGACUGGGAAGAUCAUCGGGUUUGAGGACAAUAAUGUCAUGGAUUUCGAGGAGACCAACGCUAACACCACCAACGGUAACUACUUUAACAGCCCUGGUGGUUCGAAUCCUAUUGAGGUUGAUUCUGAGAACGGAGUUGAGAGGAGGUUGACUAUGAGUAGCGGAUCGAGGAAACGGUCGAGAUCGAGAAUAGGGAAGAUUGAGGAAGACAGCAAACCUGUCAUUGAUGGGAACAUACCAAACACAGCAGCAGCUAGCAAUGUUAACCUCAACGAACCUGCGACUGCUGUUAUCGGAGGGAACAUCGGUGUUUUGAUUGAAGAGACUGUGAAGAGCUGUGUCUCUCCUCUGAUCAAGGAGAUGAUGAACGGGACGACGAGUAUGAUGAUGGCUGCAAUGGGAGGAGGAGGUGGUGUUGGUGGUGGUCAUGGUCAUGGCUUUGGCUCGUUAAGCCCCGUGUUUACACGGCCUUUAGGUUAUGGUGUGGAAGGAGGAGGUGGGAACAAGGCGGUGAAUGAUGAGCGGUGGAGGAAGCAACAGAUACUGGAGCUGGAAGUGUAUUCGAGGAGAUUAGAGCUUGUUCAAGAGCAGAUUAGAGCUACAUUGCAUGAGUUAAAGACGAUGCCGAGUGGUGUAUGAUGAUGAUGAAACAAGAAGAAGAGGAAUAAGACAAUAACCAGUUAGGUUGAUAUUUGAUUAUGAGUUUAACCUUCUGGAAUGUGUGUGGUGAGUAUUAGUAGUAUGAGAGAUUUGAAUAUUUUUCCAGUUAUAAAUUUGCUUAAGGUAUUAUUGUGAUAUUAUUCUAGGUUUUUAUUUUUGUUUUUCUCUUCUUUAAAUUAUUUGUCAAUAGGGAUGAAUCAUCAUAGUGGGGGUUUGUGUAUAACCUUUGUAUUAGAUUUAUAGUUUUCUCGUAUAACCUUUGUUUCAUGAUGCA